AUGAUUGGGCCUGGCAAAGCCAUCAACAGCUCUUACUUCCGUGUGAUCUGCCCGUCCGUGCUCGGCAGCCCGUUCGGCGCGACGUGCCCGCUGUCAGUCAACCCACUCACAGGCGACAAGUACAAGGCUUCGUUCCCCCAACUCACGCCGGCCGACAUGGCCCGCUGUCACGGCCGAAUCCUGGACGAUAUAGGCAUCGACCAUGUGCACGCUGUGAUUGGCGCCAGUAUGGGAGGUAUUCAAGCUCUUGAGUUUGCAGCGCAGUUUCCAGACCGCUUGAGCAGACUAGUGGGGAUAUCGUGCACGCACCAGACUACCCCUGGGACAGUCGCCUUUCGACGCGUGCAGCGACGUGCCAUUCUCGCGGACGCAGACUACGAGGACGGCAACUAUGCACCCGGCGAGCCUCUCCAAGGUAUGAAGGUCGCGCGUGAACUGGCCAUGACGUGCUACCGAUCGCGUGAGGAAUUUGACAGUCGCUUUGACUGGAACCCAGUUGGUCCCAUGCACUUUAAGACGGCAACGUUCGAGGUCGAGCGCUACAUGGACUACCAGGCGAGCAAAUUUGCUCGCGUGUUCGACCCAAAUUGCUACUUGCUGCUAUCGAAAGCCAUGGAUCUGACCAACUUGGGUCGCAACUCAUUAAGCCUGGCCGAGGGCACGAGCCGCAUCGCGGCUGACACUCUUAUCGUUGGCAUUAAGCAAGACUUGCUGGUCCCGAUCCAAGAGCAGCGAAACCUUGUGCACAUUCUGCAGUCGUACGGCCGCGAGGCGCAACUGGUAGAAGUGGACUCUAAAUUUGGCCACGAUGCGAUGUUCAGCCAACAGAUGCAGCGCGAUGUGUUUUCCCCACUCGUACGCGAGUUCAUUGAAAAAGAGCUCGGUCACAUUCUACGGCGCGAGCAGUAUCGAUACAGUAGCUUGUAA